AUGAAAGACGACGAUCCCCUGCGAGUGUUCCUUGAUACGGUGAAGGACGGCCUGCGAGUCUACGGCAUCAACAUUCUUGCUAUUACCGAUAUCGAGCAGAUUCUUCGAGAGACCGGCUUUAGCAAUGUUCACUGCAUCACAAAGAAGGUACCGAUAUCGACGUGGCCGCGGGACAAGACCCUGCGGGCCCUCGGCGUCUUCAUGAAGACGACCAUCAACGAUUCUCUUGGCGCUAUGGCAGCGAAGCCCCUGGCAGCUCUGAACCUGUCCCCGGAACAGCGAGUGGCCAUGUUGGAGGCGGCACGAGAGAGCCUCGAGGACGCCUCGAUCCACCGCUACGUCAACUGCUGCGUGUGCUACGCUCAAAAGAGAGAGGGCGACUUCGCCGACUCUCUAGAUUGCGUAUCGGGGCUGCUUGCUGGUAUCAAAAGGCUCGCCAAGUCUGCGUUCUGUCUGUCUGUCUGUCUGUCUGUCUGUCUGUCUCACGUCGACGCCAUCCUCAACCACUCCGCGCAGCCCUACACCUUCCGCUUCUCGCCCUUCCUGCGGCAGACGUACCAGGUCGGCCUGCCAGCGGACCGGCCGAUAUGCAAGGCCUUCCAGGCAGGCAGCUGCCCCAACGGGACGCGAUGCGCGGAGCGGCACGCGUCAGAAGGCCGGUCGUCGCGCGGUGAUGGCCACGGCGGCCAGCAGCAGCAGCAGCCGACGGGCGGGCUCAACUCGCUCGUGUGCAAGCACUGGCUGCGCGGGCUGUGCAAGAAGGGCGAGCACUGCGAGUUCCUGCACGAGUACAACCUGCGCAAGAUGCCCGAGUGCAACUUCUUCAUGCGCAACGGGUACUGCUCCAACGGCGAGGAGUGUCUGUACCUGCACGUUGAUCCGCUGUCGAAGCUGCCGCCGUGUCCGCACUACGACAUGGGCUUCUGUCCGCUGGGGCCGAUUUGCUCCAAGAAGCACGUCCGGAGGAAGCUGUGCGUUUUCUAUCUCGCGGGCUUUUGUCCCGAUGGGCCCGAGUGCAAGGUCGGCGCGCAUCCGAAGUGGUCCAAGGAUUUGGAGAAGCCGGUGCCCAAGAGCGCGGAGAAGAGCGAGGAGGAGCUCAAGAUGGAGAUGCAGCAGCUGCAGAUGCAGCAGCAACAGCAGCAGCAGCAGCAGUUUGGGAGGGAUGACGAUGGGGAUCGGUUUAGGGACCGGGGGGACAGGGAUGGGCGGGAGGAUAGAGGGCAUGGGCGGCAUGGGAGGGGUGGAGGGGGGAGGUGGAGGGGUGGUGGUGGACGGGGGAGAUUCAGGGGGAGAGGGCACUGAUGAUGAUGAUGAUGAUGAUGAUGAUGUUGACGAUGGUGGAUAUGGAAUAUAUGACACAAGCAGCAAGCUGGGAUUUGACAGUUUUGGUGGUGGGCAGAGAUCACGGCUGUUACGAUGUUUACAGUCUUCGAGGACAUUUCAUGAUACCCUAAUGGGAUGGAGGCUAUAUAUCACGUCAAGGGAAC